UCGCGCUCGACUUCCUUGUAUUUGGGAAAGUGUGGUGGUGGUGCGCGCGCUCUCGGCUGAGGGUAAACAUUCGACAGUCCCUGCUCUGCGAGGGAGGGACGGAGAGAGAACUGUCAGAGGGAGAGAAAGAGAAAGAGAGGAGGAGGGGGGAGGAGAGCAGGCGGCGGCGGCGGCAGCACACCAGCAGCGGCAACGAGGGAAGAGCAUUACUGAGCUGAGCUGCUCUACUCCAGCACCGCCGGAGCACUGACGCUUCGCGAACCUGGCAGCCAACUUCCCCACUGGAGUUCGUGGCUUAAGGAUACCUUAUAUGCGCGCACGCCGCCGCUCGUCUCUUCUCGCCCAGGCGAUUCCAAACCUUCCCUCACAGCAGCUGAACCGCCGCCUCGCCUUCUUCCCUCCCGUCCACCCCGGUCCUGCCCCGAUUAGAGGGGGGUCAGAAACCGUAAACUUUUUUCCUUGGUUGGUUUUGCUUGGAGAAAAAGGAAGAAAGGACGCCUUGCCCGCGAUUCCUUUCCCCAUGUGAGAAGGAGGAAGAAAGAGGCAUCCCGAAGGGGGGAAGGCAGAAAAAGGCGAGGAAAAAUGUCUCCUCCAGACUCUCGCAAAAAGGUUGCCAAAGGACUCCUGUUUCCAAGGGAUCCGGGCGCUUCAACCGGACGUCAACUUUGAGCCAUGCAGUCUCCUCAGCUUCGCCUCCGCCGCCAGCCACGCCAGAAGUUUUCUUAGGACACAAACAAAACUUGUGUGUUAGAGAAAAGGAAGGCAAGCGAGACCAUCGAGGAGCCAGUCGCGCCGGCGGAAAGAGAGAGAGAGAGAGAGAGAGAGAGAGAGAGGAAGGGAGGGAGAAAGAGAGAAAGAGAGAGAGAGAGACCGGGUGCGCGUGACGGGCGAAAGAAAGGAGCCCACCCGCCUUUACUUACCGCCUUACAAAGCCUUACAAGAGGGAAAACGGGGGGAAAGAAAGAAACUUUCCUGGGGGAAGAAAAACAACCACCAACAACAACCUAGAAACUGCGAGAGAACUAUGCUCCUGAGGGAGAAAAGGAAAGGCAAAGGGGGAGCUAUUGUGGGGUGACCCCCCCUCCCCUAGUUUUCGCACUAUUUCCCCCCCCUCGCUCUGUUUCUCCCCCCUCCGCUGCAAUAUACUGGCUGCUGCUGACAGGUAAAUAGCAAGAACUGUUCGGAGGGAGCCGAGGAAGCGCUGGGGUCGGGCUGCCUUUUCUGAAGAAGGAACCGCGAGCCCAGGAAGGUGCGCAAGGCGCGGAUCUCGCCUCGGUGCCGGCCGAGCGGGCGGCCGGGCGCGCGGGCGGGCAGGCGAGGAUUCUCCUCCCACGCUCCUUGGCUGCGGAGGCUGGAGUGCGAAGUGGAGGGGGGGGGAAAAACAGCAGCAGCAGCAGCAGCAGCGAUGGCUACGGCGGCGUCUAACCCCUACCUGCCAAGCAACAGCAUCCUGUCGGCGGGCUCCAUCGUCCACUCGGACUCCGGCGGGGGGAUGCAGCCAGGCAGCGUGGCCGUCACUUCGGUGUCCGGCGGGGGCUACCGGACCGACCCUUCUUCCGUGAAGAUGGUCCAGAGUGACUUCAUGCAGGGCGCCAUGGCGGCCAGCAACGGCGGCCAUAUGCUGAGCCACGCGCACCAGUGGGUGACAGCCCUGCCCCACGCCGCCGCCGCCGCUGCCGCCGCCGCCGCAGCCGCCGUGGAAGCCGGCUCGCCCUGGUCCAGCAGCCCGGUGGGCAUGACGGGCAGCCCCCAGCAGCAGCAGGCGCAGCAGCAGCAACAGCAGCCCGACGUGAAAGGUGGCGGCGGCGGCGGCGGGCGGGACGACCUGCACUCGAGCGCGGCGCUGCACCACAGGCCCCCGCCGCCGCACCUGGGCCCCCCGCACCAGAGCCACUGGGGGUCCACCACGGCGGCCCACUUGCCUUCCAUGGCCAGCCAGCAGCAGCAGCAAUCGCUCAUCUACUCGCAACCCGGCGGCUUCACGGUCAACGGCAUGCUGAGCCCCCCGCCCGGCAGCCAGAGCCUAGUGCACCCGGGCUUGGUGAGGGGCGACACGCCAGAGCUGGGCGACCACCCGGGCCAUCACCACCACCACCACCAUCAUCCGCACCCGCACCAGCACCACGGCGGCGGCGGUGCCGGCGGCCUGAACAGCCACGAUCCGCACUCGGACGAGGACACGCCGACCUCGGACGACCUGGAGCAGUUCGCCAAGCAGUUCAAGCAGCGCCGGAUCAAGCUGGGUUUCACGCAGGCCGACGUGGGCUUGGCGCUGGGCACCCUGUACGGCAACGUCUUCUCGCAGACCACCAUCUGCCGCUUCGAGGCCCUCCAGCUCAGCUUCAAGAACAUGUGCAAACUCAAGCCCUUGUUAAAUAAGUGGCUGGAGGAAGCCGACUCGUCCACGGGCAGCCCGACCAGCAUCGACAAGAUCGCCGCGCAGGGCAGGAAGAGGAAGAAGCGGACCUCCAUCGAGGUGAGUGUCAAGGGGGCUUUGGAGAGCCACUUUCUGAAAUGCCCCAAGCCCUCCGCCCAGGAGAUUACGAACCUAGCGGACAGCCUGCAGCUGGAGAAGGAAGUGGUCAGGGUUUGGUUUUGCAACCGAAGGCAGAAAGAGAAGCGGAUGACCCCUCCUGGGAUCCAGCAGCAGACGCCCGACGAUGUCUACUCCCAGGUCGGCAACGUCAGCUCCGACACGCCGCCCCCGCACCACGGACUUCAGGCGAGCGUGCAGUGAAAAAGACAGAAAGACAGACAGUCAGAGAGACAGAGUCGUCGUCACAAAAGUGAGAGGAGUUAUUAGAGAGAGAGGAGGGGGGCGAGAGGAGAAGGAGAGGAGACCGAGAGAGAGAGAGAG